CGUCGUGGAUUCGGAAUAGCACUUGAGAACCGGCCGAGUCUGCUGUUCAUGGACCUCCCCGACCCAUCCACGCCUGACUCGGCAUCAAGGAAUCAUGCGGCAGGAUCUAUUCUCGAACUUGUGAAAGAAAACAACCGUUACCAUAUAUCCGUCUUUGGCGUCUCUGGCUGUGGCAAGACCCGUGCAGUGAUCGAGCUUCUAUCCCAGCACUGGGGGUUCUACUUCAAUGCUUCUAAUGACGAUUGAGGAUCGGACGACAUGAUGACCCUUCGAUCUGCUGUCCAAAAGUAUUUGAAUGAUACCCGAGGAUCCUUUAUUGUUGACCGAGAAGCCAACAACGGUUACGCAAGAAAGACGACACUUUUACUCUUUCUCUCUCGGCUUCUCGUUUUUAAGUACUGUUUGAAUGCCUCCGGCAGUAGUGAAUCAUUUACCAGCGCUAGGUGGACUCUCCUGCAAGUGUGCCCGCAUGUGUUCUUCGAACAGGACAUUUUUAACAUGCUAUUCCUUCAGCUCCUCAAGCUUCGACAUUACCAUGAGAGCGAUCUCUGGGAUUUUGUGCGCGCCAUGUAUGAAGAAACGAAAGGCAACCUUGUCGAGCAUGGAUGCCUACCAAAGAUCAAGGACAACACCAGGCUCCUAGUGGUCCACGAUGGAGCGCAAGUCCUCGGCGGUGAAUUCGACAGCUCUUUUCAAUCGACGACAUCAACAGAUUCCCCGCGCCCAUUGCUCUCUCCGAUUUUACAUGCGUUUCGGGACAUCGGCAAAUAUGAGCUUACAUUGAUUACCUGUGGCACUGGCUUAUGACUGCCAAGGUCAUUGGCAGGUGCACCGAAAUAGGUAGCGAUAGUUGAAAAUACAAUGACGCAAACAUUUUUUUUACCGC